CUGGUAUCCGGUAAUCCAAAUCAACGUAAUUGGCGUGGUAUACUCAUUGCUUUAUUGGUCAUAACAAUAGUUUUAGCUUUAAUUGUAACAUCAGUGGUACUUCUCACUCCCCCCGAUGAAGGGCCCAGAGUCAAAGGUCAACGUCUUAAAUUACAAGAAAUUGUUGAUGGCGUAUUUAUGCCACAAAAAACCAAUGGCACCUGGGUAAAUG